AAGUUUCUAUAUAAGAGCAAAUACCCGGUAGCAUCAUUUAUAAGCACUGGAAAUUCAUUACCGUGUUUUAACAAAGAAAGGCUUCAACACCAAGUAAAUUGAUGGCUGGGAACAAUUUUCCAUUCAGAAACUCUUCUGUCGAUGCACCGGCAACUGAUGGCUGGAAGAAAACAAGAUAUGCCUCAGAUCAUGUGUGCCGGCCAAUCAUUGUUGAUACUGAAGGGAGGAAAAGGCCAAUUGUUUCAUACGGUCAGGCUGGUCAGCAGAACUCAGAUUUCUAUGGGACGACAACUGAGACAAUUGUUCAAGAGCAUGUUCUUUCACCUUUUGGUUCAGAACACAAGCAUGUGUCUCACAAAUCACAUGGUCCACUGGAGAGUUAUCAAGUUGUUGAAGAAAGGUGGCACUCACCAUCAAGUCCAGUUCACAGCCGGCCGCAGAAGGUCGAUGAAUUCCUCAACAAGGUUCACGCCGAGGCUAUCAAACCCCGGUUUGGCCCUUCUUUUAGUCCAGCAAACAGGAGUCAGACUGCUAAACCCACACACCUUUCUGGCCAUAGUGGAGGGUAUAGUAGUGACAACGACUUCAACGACCAUGAUAGGCGAAAUCACAGUGGUAAAACAUACAAAAAUGAUGACUAUAAUGACAACUUCAGCACGCAUGGAAGCAACGGAGGAUGGGGUGAACAUAAUAAAACAGCAUGGGGUGGUGCAUCACCGAAUUCCACCUACUCCAAGCCAACAAGUGAUGUCAACACAGAAUACUUCACUGAAUCUGUGAAACAAUCUCAUGCUAGUGCUCCACGUUUCACGCAUGCAGAACCAACCUAUGCUGGUGGUGGGGAAUUUAUCCCAACGGAGCCAAAUAUGAUUACACACGGCGGGUGGGCUAGGCCAAGUGCUGCAAAAUGGGCAUCGCCGCCUAAUUCUAACCUUUCCAAGCCGAUCAGUGACAUCAACACGGCUAUGGAGGUUCUGAAAGAAGCUGCCCAGCCUCGUCACUCUCCUGCUAUGAACUCCAGGUAUACUGAAUCAGGCUUUACAGAAACAAUUGACAGCACAGAGGCUGCAAGGAGAUACAAGUUCAACUACCCACAAACAAAAGAAAAUAAUUACACAACGGCCAUCGACAGUAGGGAGGCUGCAAUGAUGUAUCAGGGAAAAAUAAUCUGAAAUCAGAAUCUAAAAUCAGAAUAUAGAGGCAGCGGUUUCUUUUAAAGAUACUUUGCAAAGUUCCUCUUCUCCUUUAAGCUACUCAUAAAUGAAUGUUGUAUUGCUACCUAAUACAAAAAGCUGUUCUUAUUUUCACCAUUUUAAUAAACUUCCUUUAAAUCUA